UCUAACGAUCCGACCGGUUGGCAGAACAUUUUUGCGGGUCAUCGAGUCAUUAAGCGGGUGGGCAGGGGCCGGUGAGGAGUGAGCAAGCAGAGCGGGACGAUGAAAUCAAGCGUGCCCCCGUGAAAUGUAUCGUUGUUGGGCGUUGUGGGCGGCGUUGCUCGGGCUAUCGGCAGCGAGCGAAUUUCCUGAAAGGGAGUGCUGCGACCCAGUCUACCCCAUGGCGGCGGUUUCGGCUUCCAUGUCCCCAGACACCCCGACCCCUCCCCCACAACAGAGCACACGAUCAGGAGAUGAAAAGGGGAGAGUGGAAACUCUUAACUGUCUGAUGGCCCGGCAACUCUGCUUUGAAGAUCCUUCCUGUUCUCCAAUUCUCGAAACGAUACCGAGAGUCUGUGGACCAGAAUCAGUAUCGUGCUCUACGGUGACAGUUACCAAGUGUCAAGCAGCGCUCAGAACGCUACAGGCGUUUCCUUUCUUCGCUCCGACUUGCCUUUGCAGAGAGCCGCAAGUCGACCACGAAUGCAACUCGUUCAGGAACUUUUUGUUCGACCACCCUUGUAUAUUUGUUAUAAAAAAAGAAAAAGACCCAUACCCGAUAGACGCGCUGCCGACGUGCAACCACGCGCUCUCCGUCUGCCAAAAAGAUGAAGCUUGUAUAGAAAUUUACGACCACUUCAAGACCCAGUGUAAAGUACGUGAUGGGAAAUGCCACAUGGAAGACAGGGACAAUUGCUUGGAGUCUUGGUCGAGGAUCCGUCUCACACCCAUGUUCGGGUGUAUCUGCCCAAACAAUCACAUGAAAAAGAGGUGUGAGAGGAUAUUCGGUUUGGUAAAUCACAACCCCUGCUUGGUGAGAGGUGUAGCCAGAUUGGGACUCCGACAUUUUGUCUCCCCUUGGAUGAAAGGGGAUGAGAAGACGGCCAACUACACCGCUGUCGUGGCGAUGUUCGCUAAGGAUCCGACCCACCCAAGAUCGGGCUCUAAACACGACGAGGAGACGACCCUAAGCUUCCAGAACACUUGCGACGAAGCGCUGGACAGCUGCAAUCGCGAGUCGGCCUGCCGGACUGCCCUGACAUCGGUCAUGCAGUACUGCAGCAGCACCAGGUGUAGAAGGGAGAACUGCAUGCAGUCACUUCAGAACUUCUAUAGGACGGUCGAGUCACACUGGAGUUUGGAAAUCGCUUUCUGUCUCUGCAAGAAGACGAAAAAUUCCAAAGAUCAAUGUUUGGUCGCACAAGAGACUCUCCACCCUGUUUGCGCUCAGCAGCCUGAAAACAACGUCGUCCCGACGUGUCAUUCGCUCGCCCAUUCGUGUAUGGAAGACUCAGCGUGCAGGAUAGGUUUAGAGAAUUACGUUCAAGCUUGUGCGGUGGACGCAGUGACGAAGCAGUGCGCCGGGCCUCCGCAGGUCUGCAGGACGGCUAUGCUCGGUAUCCUGGGCACUGCGCUGAGGUCGAACUGCGCUUGCAAAGGGACAGAUUUUUCCCAGCUGUACGACUGUAUGGGGUGGCAGAGGGUUCUUUGGUUCAAUCCCUGCGUCGUCGAAUCACAGAGAGAUUUUCAUGCAAGGAAGAAUGUCGGAAGAGGAGCAGUUGUGACAGUGGGGCCCACUUUAAUUUCUUCUACGCCGAGUCGAAUUAUAUCUUCGGUUGCUGUCACUUCCGGUAUAGUGCCUACAGUUGCAAGACUCACGACUACAACACCUCUUCCAACGACAGUUUCUACAAAACCUACUACAAAGCUGACUACGGUUCCGACCACACCCAGCACUACGUCAACAACUACAUCGACGACUACAACGACUACGACCACCACUACUACCACCACCACCACUACCACAACCCCUACACCCAGCCCGACGUCUACAACCACUGCACGUUACUGUAUGGUACAAAAACCAGAACAAAAAGUACAAUAUAUAUCUGAAGGCGAUGGCAAAAGGCUGUACCGAGAAGGGGAACCUGAUUGUUCAGAUGUUUGUCAAUGCGGAGAUGGUUCUCUCAUAUGCAACACGAUUUGUGUCGAGAGACACCCUUGUAAAACAGAUUUCGCGUUCUACAAUCAUGCCGCUCCAGCAUAUCAGGCUUACCGGGGGCGUUGUCUCUGUUAUUCUGGCAGGUUCAUCUGUAUGCGCCCUCCGCCUGACACUUAUGAACUUCCACAAGGGAUUUUCCUGUUCCUGGGAUAUAGCGAAGCUGAUGAAGCAUUGCUCAAGCCUUUGACAAAGAUGGAAGUCCAUGAAGCUGUCACUUCUCUACACAAUCUUCUAAGGAAGCACGUGAAGCCUAAGACACCGUGUAUGCUUUCACUAUUUAGAAUAUCUACUGAAAAUGUCAUUUUGGUUGCCAAACUUUCUGAUAACAAUUCCACGUUGACAAGAAACCUUGUGGAAGAUCCUAGCCUUCUCAUGAAGCAAAAGGAGGAAUGUGAAGGUCCACUUUUGGAAAUCAGUGAGAUGAUCAAUUCCCAAGACACCAUCGUACACUCACAUUUGCUUCUCUCCAUAUUUAAAAUGGCGGAAGUUGAAGUUAUAUAUCCAGCUCCAAGUUCAGCCAUUAAGCAGGCACCGCUCAAUAUAUCAAUUUUUGUAAUAUUUACAGUUUUUUUCAGAUCCAAGUUGUCAUGACCAUAGUGGACUUAAUCACCCCUAGAUAUAAAUAAAUUCGAUGUCACAAAAUCUGGUUUCUUCUGUGACUAAGUGUAAUCUCUAAUUCUGUACACUUACAAAAUGUUUAAGUAAUUUAAAUGAUAAAUUUCUAAGGAAGUAGUAGCAGAAGAGAAUAAUACAAAUGAUUGCCAUCUGGUCAAUUAUUAUAUGACGUUAACUACUUACUGAAAGAUAAAAUUGCUCGCAUUUAUGUAAAUAAGUCAUUUAAAAAAUAAAAAGUAUUAAAUAAUUGGAUCUACAGAUUUGGGUUAAAAAACAAUAUUACAAAAACUUGAUAGGUAUGCUGAAACAGGAGCAAUAGGGGUGUUGGUUGAUCUGAAUCUUUGUUAAAUUGUUUUGUGAUAAUUGUAAUAUUGUUAUUUAAACUUUAAAUUUGAAUUUUUCAAAUUAUUAAUCCACACACUUUGUACAAGUCAAUAAAUGAUAGCAAAAAUACAAUUUAAGUUUCAUAGAUUUGCAAUUCACAAAAUAAUAGUACAAAAAAUGUUUUCAAUUCCAUAUAUAUAUAUAUAUUACGCAGGGUAGGCGACCAAGACCCGAGGGGUUAAAUGCCUUCAAUUCCAUAUACUUAUUGAGCUAAAAAAAAAUUAACAAACAAAACAAAUCACCUCUGACAAUUUGUACAUAAAAUUACUUGGACACUUCCAGAACAAAAAAUAUAUGUGGACAUGUUGAAAUAUAUUGUAGCAUAUAGAUAAUAAUGACAAUAGAUUGUACAGAUUCAAUGUUGAUUGUUUAGUCACAAUAUAAGUUAAAUAAAUGUAUAUAUUUAAUUAUAUAGUUUCACUAAGUUUUAUUUAGCAACUUUACUGAAUUUAUGAUUUAUUAUCUAUUUGAAGCUUGUAAAAUGUACAUGUUAUAGUUGAAUUAUUUUGUGUAAUGAUAUUCUUAAAUAUUUACGCAACUGAAAACAACAAACAUUGCAGUAAUUGAUAUGAAACGAAAUAAGUCAUAAAUGAACUCACUUCAAUCAGAUGGUCAUUUCUUAAAUUGUAAUCAUUCAAUUCCAUUGAUCGGAUUUUUUUCAUAAUAAGGUCAAUCUUGUAAAAACUGAACUGAAUGUCGUGCUCUCAAGACAGUGAAAAUCAGAUCUGUUUCUUUGUCUUGGUUUGGUUCCCUAACCAACCUUUACCUGUAGGGCUUUCUUCCUUUUCUCUUCACCUUAGCCUACAAAAGCUCUAUCAAGUUUUUUUAAGCACUAUUGCUUUGCCGGAGUUUUCUCAGUUAAAAUGUGUCCAGGAUGGACCACUUGGAGGUGUACGUGUAGAGUAUUGAGAAAGGGAUCAUCCCUAACCUCUAAGUCUUUCUUCUUUUUCUCUACACCUUAGCCAAUACAGCAUUUAUUAGAGUUUUUUUUUAGCACUAUUGCUUUACCAAGAGGUCUUUACCUUCCUCGCUGGAGCUUUGUCACAUUAAAACAUGUCCAGGGAGGGCCGCUUGGAUGUGUCUGGGUUGAGCAAUUAGAAAAGAACCAUCUGUACUGAUCGUACAUUUUUAAGACAUUUUACAUUUUUUUAAGUCUUGUUUGUGAAUUGGUUUGUGUCACAAUUUAAUUUCUAAUGUGAUUCUGUACAAAUGUGUACAGUUUUUAUUUAAUAGAUUUGAAGUUAUGAUUUAUGAAGCUAAAAA